AAGGACAUCGUUGAGUAUAUUCGUCUUCUGCAAACAACACUUUGAAAAAAAUGAAACAUCUCUUCAACCACAAACUCCAAACCAGAAUCUAUCCUUUUAACUCCAAGUUCCUAACUUCCCUUGUCAUUUUCGAAUGCCCACUUCAACAUGAAAGAAUGCCCGGUGGUACUUUUGAUCCCAUUCGUCUUUUCAACGACUAUGCAAGCUCAGGACUUUAUAACAUCACAAAUACAAGAAUUUUACAUGCCCAUUUGCUCGAUCGCGCUGUUUUGCGAUCGGAUAUGUUCGCCUCGAAUUCUCUGCUCCAUUGCUACUGUAAAUCAGGCGCUAUGGUGGAUGCACUAAAACUGUUUGAUUUAAUGCCUCAUCGAAAUGUUAGUUCGUGGAAUAUCUUGAUUUCGGGUUACAAUGAGAAUUCGUUGUAUAUGCAUUCAUGGGGUGUUUUUUGUAGGAUGAGUUCUUCGGGUUUUAAGCCCAAUGUAACAACCUACGAGAAAGUUCUCUUAGCUUGUUCUGCUUUGCAAGAUGCUAUUUGUACUCGGCUUGUAUAUUCACUUGUAAUGAAAACAGGGUUUUCUUUGAUUGCUCCUGUUCGGACUAGAUUGAUCGGUUUGUUUACGAAAACUUGCAGCUUCGAGGACGGUCUGAGAGCUUUUCGUGACGUUUCAUGUCAGAACGUAGUCUGUUGGAAUACCAUUAUUUCUGGAGCAGUCAGACAUGGGGAGAAUUUAAUUGCUUUGGAUAUUUUUCGCGAAAUGUGUGGAAAAUCUUUAGUGCCAAAUAAUGCCACCUAUUGUGUUGUUCUUACUGCGUGUCGUGAACUUGGAGAGAUUGAAAUUUGGAAAGGAGUUCAGGGCUUGUUGCUUAAAUCCGGUGCAGAAGAUGUCACUACGGGGACAGCUAUUGUCUACUUAUACACAAAUUAUGGGAAGAUGGAAGAGGCUCUCAGGCAGUUUUUGUGGAUGCCGAACCGCAAUGUGGUUUCUUGGACUGUUGUCAUUUCUGGUUUUGUAAAGAGGGGUGAUUCGAUUUCUGCCCUCAAGGUUUUCAGAGAGAUGAGAAAGUUGGGAGAGGAAAUCAAUGAGCAUACUCUUACUAGCGUAAUUUCGGCUUGUGGUAAACCAGAGAUGUUUGAGGAGGCCAUCCAAAUUCAUUCAUUGAUAUUGAAAACCGGUUUCUAUUUUGAUGCAUCAGUUGGGGCCUCUUUAAUUUCAAUGUAUUCAAAAGUGAGUUCGGUAGAUCGAUCGGAAAUGGUGGUUAGACAGAUGGAAAAUCUAAAGAAUCUUGGUACAUGGGGUGCAAUGGCACAGACCUCAAUGUUAGCCAGUUUUAAAGAACAUGGGUUUGCAGAUCAAGCACUUCUGUUAUUUAGGGAGAUGCUUUUAGGCGAAAUUGUACCUGAUGUUCUUAUUCUAAAUGCGAUUCUAACAGCGUGCUCUGCUCUUCGCUCCCAACAGAUUGGUAAGGAAAUCCAUGGUUAUUCUAUUCGUUUGGGAUUCGGCAACAAAACAGAAGUUUGUAACCGACUUUUAAACAUGUACUCGAAAUGUGGUGAUUUGGAAUCAGCAAAGAGGGUUUUCGACACGAUGCCCCAAAAGGAUGAAGUCACAUGCACUUCCUUGGUGUCCGGUUAUUCCCAAAACGGGCACUUUGAGGAGGCGCUUCAACUGUUCCGUGAUAUGGUGAUAGCUGAUUUGCCCAUCCACCCCUUCACACUGUCAUCCAUUCUUGGAGUAAUUGCCCUCUUGAAUAGACCAAGUUUUGGGAUUCAAAUCCAUGCCCGAAGCACAAAACUGGGAUUAGAUUCGAAUGUUUUCGUUGGAAGCUCACUACUAAUGAUGUAUUCAAAGUCUGGAUGCUUUGAAGAUUGCACCAAAGCAUUUUAUCAGAUAGAACAACAUGAUUUGAUCGGAAUGACAUCUAUGAUCAUUAACUAUGCGAACCACGGGAAAGGAGCAGAGGCUUUGAGACUCUAUGAGACUAUGAAGAAAGAAGGAAUCAGACCCGAUUCGGUGACCUUUGUUGGUGUUUUAUCUGCUUGUAACAGUAGUGGUUUAGUUGAAGAAGCUUAUAACCAUCUUCAUUCAAUGACUAAAGAUUACGAGAUAGAGCCCGAUUGCCGUCACUACUCUUGUAUUGUGGAUCUUCUUGGCCAGAAAGGGAGACUAAAAGAGGCGGAAAAGUUCAUCAAUAAUAUGCCUAUUAAACCUAAUGCUGCCAUAUGGAGAACACUGCUUGUUGCCUGCAAACUGCAUGGAGAUAUUGAGCUUGGAAAGCUAGCGGCUGAAAUGGUUCGCGAAUUAGAGCCGUCGAAUGCUGGUGCUCACGCCCCAGGCUCGAAUAUCUACGCAGAUGCGGGCAUUGGAGUGAAAAUGGAAUCUGAAUGGAGCUUUGUUAAUAAUAGUUGUGUAGAGUUACUUCCAGUAGCUAGUAACUUUUAA